CAGAGCUCACUCACACUAACAGUCUCCUUAGGGAUUUUUUUUUUACUAACAACUUUUCAUAACCAAUAACAAACAAGAAAUACUGAUCAAAGUUCUGCAAUUCUAAGCAAACUUCACUUUGAGUUUUUAUUAUUAACUAAAACAAAGCGUGCUGCAAAUUGUACUGAAGCGUACAACUUUUGAACAAGUGGAUAAAGUUUUUUUUUCUGUUGCGCUGGAGUGGAAAAUACUCUAAGUCUGAAUUGGAAUCAUUUUUCUUCGUUAGAUAGCUAAAGUGAAAUCGACUCGUGAUGGUUCUCCUGUCACUAUGCCUAGCUAUAGCUGGAAUUACUCUGAGUCUGACUUCAGCUGACAAUGCUGGUGAAGUAGAAAAAGAAGAGUCUCUCAGGAGCAGACUGCGGGAGUACGGUCUGAUCACGCCCAUCAGCACCGACGCGGACGGCCACUUCCUGUCCCACCUGCUCUCGGCCAAUCACAAGCAGCGCGUGAGGCGGGACGCGGAGCGCGGCGAGGAGCGGCUGUUUUUCAACGUCACGGCGUUCGGGAGGGAGUUCCACCUGCGGCUGCAGCCCAACCGCAGACUCCUCGCCCCGGGCGCCAUGGUGGAGUGGCACGGGAUCCAGGGCAACGGCACGGACAACGCCAACCAAUCAGGCGCUGAGGCGGCGGACAGUAUACUGAGGAGGGAGUUGCUCCAAACCGACUGCACUUUCAUCGGAGACAUCACCGACAUCCCUGGGGCGUCUGUCGCAAUUAACAACUGUGACGGGCUGGCCGGUAUGAUCCGCACCGACUCGGAUGAAUACUUCAUCGAGCCGCUGGAGAGAGGCACGCAGUCGCGGGAGGAGACGGGCCGCGUCCACGUGGUUUAUCGAAGAUCCGCCAUGCUGCAGGCGUCCUCCGAUGGGCACACGGACUACCAGGCCAACGAUCCAGAGCUGAACGUUCCGGGAGCGAUACAAACUGUUGCUGAGCAGGUGAACAAGACGGUCCGGAAUCGCAGGCACGCCGGUGACAACGACUACAACAUCGAGGUGCUCCUGGGAGUAGACGACUCCGUUGUGCGUUUCCAUGGAAAAGAGCAUGUACAGAACUACCUGCUGACCCUCAUGAACAUCGUGAAUGAAAUCUAUCACGAUGACUCCCUGGGUGUCCAUAUCAACGUGGUGCUUGUUAGGAUGAUCAUGCUGGGUUACGCCAAGUCCAUCAGUCUGAUAGAGCGGGGGAACCCCUCGAGGAGCCUGGAGAACGUGUGUCGCUGGGCGUUCGUCCAGCAGAAGGCCGACCCUGAGCAUUCAGAACACCACGACCACGCCAUAUUCCUGACCCGACAGGGCUUCGGACCCACCGGCAUGCAAGGGUACGCCCCGGUUACUGGAAUGUGUCACCCGGUAAGGAGCUGCACCCUCAACCAUGAAGAUGGCUUCUCCUCCGCCUUCGUAGUGGCCCACGAGACCGGACAUGUGCUGGGAAUGGAGCACGACGGACAGGAGAACCGCUGUGGCGAUGAGACGGCCAUGGGGAGCGUCAUGGCGCCUCUGGUCCAGGCUGCCUUCCACCGCUACCACUGGUCCAUGUGCAGCGGGCAGGAGCUGAAGAGAUACAUACAUUCCUAUGACUGUCUUCUGGACGACCCCUUCAAACACGAUUGGCCUCAGCUUCCAGAACUUCCCGGAAUCAACUACUCAAUGGACGAGCAGUGCCGCUUUGAUUUUGGCGUUGGAUACAAAAUCUGUACUUCAUUUCGUACCUUCGACCCAUGCAAGCAGCUGUGGUGCAGUCACCCAGACAACCCCUACUUCUGCAAGACCAAGAAAGGGCCCCCAUUGGACGGGACGGAGUGUGCACCUGGGAAAUGGUGCUACAAGGGCCACUGCAUGUGGAAGAACACCAACCAGGUGAAGCUGGAUGGAGGCUGGGGGGUCUGGACCAAGUAUGGCUCCUGCUCCCGGUCCUGUGGGACAGGGGUGCGCUUCAGGACCCGCCAGUGCAACAACCCUGCGCCUUCAAACGGGGGCCAGGACUGUCCCGGUGUGAACUACGAGUACCAGCUCUGCAACACGGAGGACUGUCCCAAGCACUUUGAGGAUUUCCGGGCACAGCAAUGCCAGCAGAGGAACUCGCAUUUCGAGUUUCUGGGCUCCAAGCACCACUGGCUUCCCUACGAGCACCCAGACACCAAUAAAAGAUGUCACCUGUACUGCCAAUCAAAGGAAAGUGGAGACGUGGCGUACAUGAAGCAGUUAGUUCACGACGGAACUCGAUGCUCCUACAAGGACCCGUACAGUAUCUGCGUGAGGGGAGAAUGUGUGAAGGUGGGCUGCGAUAAAGAAAUUGGCUCAAACAAAAUGGAGGACAAGUGCGGAGUGUGCGGUGGGGACAACUCGCACUGCCGGACCGUCAAAGGGACCUUCACUCGCACUCCCAAGAAAGCUGGUUUCCUUAAGAUGUUUCUGAUCCCGCCAGCUGCUAGACACGUAACCAUCCAAGAACAUGAGGCUUCUCCUCACUUUCUUGCGAUCAAGAAUCAAGCGACAGGGCAUUACAUACUGAAUGGGAAAGGAGAGGAGGCCAAAUCGAGGAGCUUCAUCGACCUGGGCGUGGAGUGGGAUUACAUCAUGGAAGACGACAUCGAGACGGUCCACACGGACGGGCCUCUCCACGACGCGGUGGUGGUGCUGAUUAUACCGCAGGACAACGAAACACGGUCUACCCUGAUGUACAAGUACAUUAUACACGAGGACUCGGUGCCAAUCAACAACAACAACGUCAUCCAGGAGGACACGUACGAGUGGGCGCUAAAGAGCUGGUCCCAGUGCUCACGGCCCUGCGCGGGAGGGUACCAGUACACCAAGUACGGGUGCCGUAAGAAGGGCGACACGAAGAUGGUUCACCGCAGCUACUGUGAUGUCAGCAAGAAGCCCAAACCGAUCCGCCGGAUGUGUAACCUGCAGGACUGCACCCAGCCUCAGUGGAUAAGUGAGGACUGGGAGCACUGCACCAGGACCUGCGGCAGUCUGGGGUUCCAGAUUCGCACGGUGCGCUGUGUCCAGUUCCUGCACGAGGGCACCAACCGCUCCGUACACAGCAAGUACUGCAGCGGGGAGAAGCCUGAGACCCGCCGGCCCUGCAGCAGAGUCCCCUGCCCCGCACAGUGGAGGACCGGAGCCUGGUCAGAGUGUUCCGUCACCUGUGGAGAGGGGGUGGAGGAGCGAGUGGUGGCGUGCCGGAUCGGAGAUCAGUGCAGCGGGGAGAAACCCGACACCUCCCGGCCCUGUAGGCCCGGACCCUGCCACGAUGAACCCUGCACCGGCGACAAGUCCAUAUUCUGUCAGAUGGAGGUUCUGGCGCGGUACUGCUCCAUCCCCGGCUACAACAAGCUGUGCUGCGAGUCCUGCAGUAAGAGGAGCAGCACGCUCGCCCCGUACCUGUCUGAGGCGGCGGAGGAGGUGCGAUUCGGCUCGGCCCUGCCCUCCUGGCUCCUCCACCCGUCCCCCAACACCACCGCCGGCGGCCAUUCCGCGGGGCCUCGCCAGCUCAAAAUGGCCGCCGCGUCGGACAGCCCGGGAAAAGACAUCCCUGCCACCGUCGCCGCGUCCAAGAUGGCCGCCCCCACCGGCGGCAAUAAGACCAGCAGGAGGGUCGCGCCUCAGGUCAGCCGCGGGGGCGGGAAUUUGUCGGCAACGGCGGCUAGAGAAGCGACGGCGCAGAGGAGGGGGGGCACGACAGUACGACCCCCCCCAGGAUCAACCCCCCCCAGGGCGGACCGGUGGCUCUCCGAGGUGGAGAGAUGAAGUAGCGCCCUUCCUCCCCCCCGAACUCUGCGUGUACAUACCCAGCCGCGUCCUGCGUCUUUUACCCCGUAACAUCAUCGUGAAGGAAAAAAGAAAGAAAGAGAGAGAGAGAGAGAAGUGCUGGUUCACUUUUGUCUUUCCUUCCUUCUGCAGUUGUCCGAAGCAAUGCUUGUUAUUUCUCGUUUCUCAACGAAGAGAGGCGCCAAAGAUUCUCUGUAAGAACGGUCGACCAAUCCUUUCAAUAGCUCGGUUACCAAGGUUUUGCACAUCAGCCGAAGCUACGAGAUGUCACGGUGGUAUUCAUUAGAAGAGAUUUAAAAAUGGUUCUAGUUGUAUAGAAUUACCAAAUCAAGCUAUUUUUGGUUACUGUCUCUCAACUGUUUGUUUGACAAAUAUGUAUUUAUAAGCUGUCCUGUAAAUGGUGUUUAUGUAAAAUGUCAGUAUAUUUUCAAAGAAGGAAAGCUGAUUAUUUUAUAUAUGUUACAAGGACACAUUGAUGCCUAUCAUAUUCAAAAAACCUUCAAAAAUAUUUCAGGAUCUAGGAACAAGUAUCAAUUCCAAAAGUAAAGGGCAAAAAUGUUGGUAUAACAUAGUGUAAGCUAAAAAACGUAUCACACUCAUCUUAAGGAUCUUCUUAAGAAACCUGUACUACAAUACCACUUGCAAUGAAUUAAUGAUUAAUUGUCUGUACUAAACAUUGAAAAUGUGUGAUAAACUUAGCAUUUGUAAACCUGGAACUGCAGUACUGUGACUGUAGAUACAUGUUUUUUUCAUACAAAUAUUCAGCUUAUCACCCAAUUUACAUUGUUCUUCUGGCUAUUCAAUUUUAUGAAGUACAGUUUGAUUUAUGGAUACAGUUUGAUGUAUGGAUAGGCACUAUAUUUUCAUCUGUCUGGGUGCUGAAAUGGCAAUAGUAUGAUAAGAUGUUGCCAGGAAAAAUAUUUCAUUUUCUACAAGUAAAAUGAACACAAACUUUUUUUGUUGUUUGUUUGUGUGUGGAUACGUAAAGCUGGACUUACAAAGGCCUUUAUGUAGAACAUAUUGUACAAGAUGUCUUAUGCUUUGUCUGAGAAAGGUUGAGAAAGCUAUUUAUUUUAAAAAGGAUUAUAUCACAACCACAAUGCAUUUGACUGCAAUAGUAAGACAUAUUUUUUUUGUUUCAGCUGUGUUCACAGUGCAACCAUUCAUACCCUCUCCUGUGUGUCAAUGUAUAUCACUUGUAUAUAGGAUUGAGGACAUAAAAUAUUUAUUAAAAGCUGACAUUUUUUGUAUUUUCUGCAUCAUCUGGUAUUUACCAGUAGUAAUAACCAAAUAUCAAUAUGCCAAUUUUUCAAGGCUAUCUUUUUACCUAGCGUAAACUCAGUUCUUUCAUGAAAUCCAUACAACUUGCCAAUUUAGUUAGAGAAAAUGUGACCAUAGUUGAGAAAGAAAACCAGAAAUUUAGAAAGGACAAUGUUUUCAACAAGCAAAGUAGGUAACUAGUUUACAAAAACAAUGCUCAUAAUUUUGAGAUGAUUUCAUUCCAGAGAAAGCUGUUUUUCACAGCUGUUGUAGUAUUAAAUCAGAAUUGAACCACCAACUAAGCUGUUUCUACACAGUGGCGUGUAGUGGUAGUUGACAGUAGUUAGUGCGUUUUUGUUUUUGUGAAACAAUGGAACAAAAGUAUUAGUUUUUACAUAUGUAUGUUGUCCCUCUAAACCAAGGACUAUUUAACACAAAACAAUAGGUAGAUGAGUGUACAGUUUUCAUUCCCAUCUAACAAUUGUAGCACUUAGUGCUCGUUACAUUGUGUUCUCCUUUUCAUCCUGUUGUUGACUUGCUGCCUAUAAAGAAUUGCUGCUAAUGUUAUGCAAGGCUUUCAAGUUCAAAGAGAAGAUAGUGUUUUUUGUUUUGUUUUGUUUUGUAGAUUUUAUGUUGACAAUCCCUGAGCCACAGACAGAUAUACUGUAUAGGGUGUGUGUUUUCGUAUCCCCCGGGCCGUCCCUGCCUUUUUAAUGUUGAUGUUCUGACGCAAGUCGGUAUUUCUCAUCUCUAGUCGCUUGCAUUCUCUUCUAUCAUGUAGACUUAAUUUAAGUGUUCACUACUGAUGCUGUUUGUUGUAAUGGGGAGCACAUCGCAAUAAAGGACAUACUAAACUCUCAAA